GCUCCCAGUAUUAACACAGUGCUUCAGCAUCCAGAGUGUCAGUCCCGGUUUUGUUUUCCGGUAUAGUAGAGCUAUCAAAUCGUUAGAACGAUGAAAUUACUCGUUUGUGUGUAUGUACUGGCACUUGCCGGGGGGAGCUAUGCUGGCCGUCCCGGUGCCCAGGAAGUAAUCGAUAAGUUCCGGGCCAUCGUCCCCAGCUACCUGUCAGCGGUGAGCGAAGAUCAGCAGCAGCUGCUCACACUAGAGCGUCAAGGAACGGACGCUAUCGCCCAGUUUCACACCGACAUGAUGCUGGCAAAGGAAACAUUCGUAAUGUCCGUCACACGCCAGGAAGAUGCGCUGAUCGAGCUGAUGAACGCACAGAACCGCUCGGUUGCGGAUGGCCAGUGCAUGCAGUUCGUCUCGACGGCACUCAACCAAACGGUCAACGUGAUCGGUGUGGCAUACACGACGUGUAUUAAUGCGGCCGACGAAGCGUUGAGCGCUAACAUUUCCUCCUACUACGGUACGAUCGGUGAGCUGGAGCAAUCAGUCGUCGAUGUACGUUUGCUGGACGUGUUUCGGGGUGAUAACGUGUUCUACACGCCUGACAGAAUAGUGGCAAAGCUGCGCCAGAAGGAAAGCGAGCUUAAGGCAAACAACAGUUCAACUGCGAUUGGUGAAAUGCGCGAGGAGGUAGCAGCAUUCCAAGCCGACCUGUCCAAGAUCCGCGGGACUUACAUUAGCUGCAUGACGGUGGCCGAAGUAUCCUUUCGCUCGUACAUUGAGCUCGCUCGCUCGCAGCUGGUAAUGAUUUGUGGUGCAUUGUUUUAAGUUAAGCACGCCGUGUGGAUAAAAGAUUCGAUUCACAUUUGACGCGACUUUAAAUAAAGUAGACAAAAGCAGUCUACGCUCUCAGGUUUUCGGGUGGCUUAAGGCGGUAAUUUACGGAAUAAGUAGGGCUCGAGAGCAAUUAAGUAGUGUCCGAACAAGAACAUCCUUUUUCAGGAGCAUGUAUCCUAAACAAAUAUCCAACAUAUAUACACAUACAACAUGAUAGAAAAGUGAUGCAGGUAAAUUGCUGAGCACUCCAAAACAAGAUAACCACACUUAGUCUAUGGAUAACACAGUCGGGGCAAUUUUUACGAGGGUUGAUGUUGUACCUUGUUACGUAACCGCCCGUAUCGUAGUACAAACUGCUCUUUCAUGUUUUGUUGCAGUAGAAUGCUGGGAAAAAUUUAACCUCUUGCUGAGAGGAAAUACGAGAAAUUGAAAAAUCUCGGUUAUCCGUAAGUUGACAUUAACAUUACAUGCAACACAGUUACAGCUUUAUGCUCAGAUUCCAAGUCAAAAUAAAGUGCAUUAUUGUAUCAAAAGA